UUCUCACUCUUCCCCACACACUGACAUACUCACACGGUAGAAAGACAAGAAAACACGCACACGACUGUUGAGUGACCCCUUUCCCCCUUCUUCUUCAAAGUCAAGAAAACCCAAAUUUUCGUUGUAAUUUGGAAAACCCAGAAAAUCCCUAAUCCUACUUUUCAUUUUCCUUCUUGUUUUAGGGAUGAAUCUCCGUUCUCGAGCUUCAAAAGGAAAAGAUAUUGUUCAAUAUAUAGAGAGCUCUGAUGAUGAUGAACAAGGCCGUACAGAUUCUUCGGAUUCUGACAUUUAUAUAAUAAGUGAUUGUGAAGAUGAAGUAUGUAUGCACAUGUUGGAUGAGCAUGAGGGAAAGGAUAUUCCAGACAUAAAUCUUGAACCAACUUUUGAGAUUUCUGAUGAUGAUAUCCAGGAUAAUGUGUCAAAGAGGAGGAAAGUGGGGCCUGUGAAAAUGAGGGGAAGGCGGAGGAACAAGAACUUGGAUGUGGUCCUUGUAAGUGUUGACAGAGAUAGAGAGUGCAAUCAGAUGGAUACUGUUUUUGAGGAUAUAGCUGAUCAAUCUGAGAAGAAAAGUUUGAAAAGGAAGAGUAAAGGGCAUAAGAGGCCAAUAUUAGUGUGGGAAGCAUUGCAACAUGAAAUUGAGAGAUGGAUUAAGGAGAAUGAAGCUAAUGAUGUUGACUUGAGUAACCAGAAUGAAAUUUUGGCAGAAACUGUUGAGCCACCUGCCAAUUUGAUUAUACCACUGCUCAGGUACCAGAAAGAGUGGUUAGCUUGGGCACUAAAGCAAGAGGAGUCCACCACAAGAGGAGGCAUUCUUGCCGAUGAAAUGGGGAUGGGAAAGACAGCCCAAGCAAUUGCACUAGUUGUGGCUAAACAGGAGAUCCAAAAGGCAAUCAGUGAACCCAGUUUAGUAGCAUCUGCUCCCAGUUCCUCCAGCACAUUUCCAGCAGUCAAAGGCACUCUUGUAAUAUGUCCAUUGGUGGCAGUGGUUCAAUGGGUAAGUGAAAUUGACCGUUUCACCACAAAAGGUAGCAAUAAGGUUCUUGUUUAUCAUGGAUCACACAGGGGAAGGAAUAUUGACCAGUUUUCCGAAUAUGAUUUUGUUAUUACCACCUAUUCCAUAGUAGAGGCUGAGUACCGGAGAAAUGUGAUGCCACCUAAACACAAAUGCCAGUGGUGUGGAAAGUUACUUUAUGAGCACAAGAUGUCUGUUCACCUGAAGUAUUUUUGUGGGCCUGAUGCAAUCAAAACGGCUAAGCUGUCAAAGCAACAGAGAAAGAAGUCAAAUUCAAAAACAACAACCUCGAAGCAGAACUUAGAGUUUGAUGAAGAUGACGCCUUUGAUUCGAAUGGUGAUAUGCAAAAGCGAGGUCGUAAGAAGGGUGCAAAGACUUCGAAUUUUGCUUAUGGUAUUCCAGCGGAUAUUGGAGAGUCAUCUUCUACAAAGAAAUCUAUCUUGCAUUCUGUGAAAUGGGAGCGCAUCAUUCUGGAUGAGGCUCAUUACAUAAAAGAUCGACGCUCUAGUACUACAAGAGCGGUGUUUGCUUUACAAUCUUUGUACAAAUGGGCACUCAGUGGUACUCCACUCCAGAAUCGUGUUGGUGAACUCUACUCCCUUGUACGCUUCUUGGAGAUAGUUCCUUACUCUUAUUACUACUGCAAGGACUGUGAUUGCCGAUCACUUGACUACAGCACCUCAACUGAUUGUCCACACUGCCCCCAUAAAUCUGUCAGGCACUUUUGCUGGUGGAACAGACAUGUUGCUUCUCCAAUAAAAUAUGCUGGAAAUCUUGGGGAAGGGAGAAAAGCAAUGCUGUUGCUGAAGCAUAGGAUUUUAAAAAGCAUAGUGUUAAGACGUACUAAAAAAGGCAGGGCUGCUGAUCUGGCACUUCCCCCUAGGAUUGUUACCCUGAGGCGGGAUGAACUUGAUAUCAAAGAAGAAGAUUAUUAUACAUCACUAUAUAAUGAAAGUCAGGCACAAUUUAAUACAUAUAUUGAAGCAAAUACUCUGAUGAAUAACUAUGCCCACAUAUUUGAUCUUCUCACACGCCUGCGGCAGGCUGUUGAUCAUCCUUACCUUGUGGUGUACUCUAGCACAGCUGCUGGAAGAGGUGGAAGCAUAAGGAAUGCUCCCAGUGGUGAAGUAUGUGGCUUAUGUCAUGAGAAUGCUGAAGAUGCUGUGGUGACUUCAUGCACUCAUGUAUUUUGCAAGUCUUGUUUAAUUGAUUUCUCCGCUAGCAUGGGACAGAUAUCAUGCCCAUCUUGUGCAAAACUGCUUACUGUGGACUUCACAGGAAACAAGGAAAAUGAGGAUCAGAUGCCUAAAACAACUAUUAAAGGAUUUAGGCCAUCAAGUAUUCUUAAUAGAAUCCGGCUGGAUGAUUUCCAGACAAGCACAAAAAUAGAUGCUUUGAGGGAAGAAAUCAGAUUUAUGGUUGAAAGGGAUGGGUCUGCAAAGGGAAUUGUUUUUAGCCAAUUCACGUCAUUUUUAGAUCUGAUACAUUACUCCCUCCAGAAGUCUGGGGUUAGUUGUGUUCAAUUAGUUGGAUCAAUGUCUAUGGCUGCAAGAGAUGCAGCUAUAAAAAAAUUUACUGAAGAUCCUGAUUGCAGAAUAUUUUUAAUGAGUCUCAAAGCAGGAGGUGUUGCACUCAACCUCACUGUGGCAUCUCAUGUUUUUUUGAUGGAUCCGUGGUGGAAUCCUGCAGUUGAAAGGCAAGCCCAGGAUAGAAUUCACCGAAUAGGACAGUUUAAACCAAUCAGAAUUGUGAGGUUUGUUAUCAAGGAUACAGUUGAGGAGAGAAUCUUAAAGUUGCAAGAGAAGAAGGAACUGGUCUUUGAAGGGACUGUGGGUGGCUCUUCAGAGGCUUUAGCAAAACUGACGGAGGCAGAUCUCAGAUUCCUGUUUCUUACUUGAGCAAAGACCACAGUUUGCAAUCCAUGUAAUGCUUUUUGGUGGGUUUCUCCCAACUGUCUUAUUUUGUAAGCAUCUUAAUAGACUUUGGAACUACCAAAACUCGACCGCAUAGCUGCUGUUAAGUUUGUCCUUCUGGGCAACUGCUUUUAAUCUAUCUCUAGAACCUGGUCAUACCAUGAAACCUGUCCUUUUCUUGUUUGUGAUAUUGGAAAUUUGAACUUGAAAUAGCCUGUUUGCUAUU